AAUAAUCUCCUCCGCAGCCAGAAGACAGAAAUGUAAGGUUGUGGCCUCUCUGUCGCUCUCUCUUUUUUUUUUUCUUCUUCUCCCCCUCUUUUCUGGUGCCUUACAUUUCAUUCUGCUGUGAGGAGAUCUCAGAUGCGCUGACUGGAUGACUGAAGAGGCAGCAGGAGGAAGCUCCUUGGUUUUGUUGCUGGGAGACAGAGGAGCCUGACAGGAGACCGACUCCUCUUCAAGCAUCAUAAGGAGAGCUGAAACCACAGAUGAGAACAAUGUCUGAUGAGACAGAGCAGAGAAUGUGCGACGAGGACUUCGGUUCGGACGAGGAGGGCGAGGAGGGAGACGUGGAGUCUUACCUGGAGGACAACAGCAGCGAGCUCAUGGACCGACUGAGAGAGCUGGAGGCGGAGAAUUCAGCUCUGAUGUUGGCAAACGAGAGUCAGAGGGAAGCGUAUGAGAGAUGCUUGGAUGAGGUGGCCAACCACGUGGUCCAAGCUCUGCUGAAUCAAAAGGAUCUGAGAGAGGAGUGCAUCAAGCUGAAGAUGUUGGUGUUUGACCUGGAGAGGCAGAACCGAGCGCUUUGUGAGCUUUUUCAGCAGAAACUGCCAAACCACCCCACUGCUCACUACCAGGUCCACGCGGGACCCCUCCCAGACUACAAUGCACAGCUGCACAAUGACUCUGCCAAACAGGUGGAGCCUGCACAGACUGAAGCACAAGCCAAGGGAAAUGGCUACCGCACACAGCAUGCCUCCCCGGGUCCUCGCGGCCCAGCCGCCUCCAUGGAGGCCCUGUCUCCCUUCUUCAAGAAGAAAGCACACAUCCUGGAGGUCCUGCGCAAGAUGGAGGAGACGGACCCUCUGAAGUUCCACCCGUCCACGGCGAGCUUGUCUUUCUGUGACUACAGCCAGGUGCUCAUGUCCACAGAAGCUGUUCUGGCCUCUGCAGACCCUCUUCCACUACAGUGCAAGUCCCACCACACACACUGCCACUGCUCCUGCUCCGACACUGAUGCACACCAGCACGUCAACGGUGACGGGGCGGUGAAGUGUGAGGGAGGGAACACCUGCUGUUUACACUGCAAGAGGAGCCCGGACAGUCCUCCGAAGCCAUGCAACCACGUCUGUAGUCCUUCAAAAGCCAACUCCGCCACCCAAAGCCAUGUAGUUCCUGCAGCUGCCGUGAGCGAAUGUCACAGCAAGAGCAGAACAGCGGAGUCUGUUCCCCCGUCCAAACAAUGCACCAAGAAUGAAGCCCACCAGCAACCAGCAGGCGCCACCGUCCACUCGUCGGUCACAGAAGAAGCCGAUCAGAGCCUGGAGAUGAUGGGAGCGGAGCAGGACCAGGAUCAUUCAGAGGUUUGUCUAAACGCCAGUGCCUCUGAAGAGCUCGCUGGUUUCUGUCCCACCUCCCACCUGCCCGGCUCUGUGAAGGAGAUCUCCCACUGUGACAUGGAAACGAGCGACGGUGUCCACAAUGGCCUGGCCAUGUCGAAUGACCCCUCGUCCACCCCCGAGAAAGACGGCACAGAUCAGGAGGCGUCCUCCGUGAGAGCCAGUGCCUCCGUCAGCCCCAGCCCCUCCUGCCUCAGCGACGUCAAGGCCGCCGCCAUCAACUCCCCGUCCAAACUUCUCAAAUUUCUAAAGAUUCCCUCGAUUGGGGAGAAGUCUCAGGCCUCGACCUCUGCCGUCCGUCUGAGCCCCCAGCUCACCCGCAACUCCCGGAUCCCAUGUCGCACCAACAACUACGAGGUGUACCACUCACCUGUUCCCACACGCAGAGCCACCACCACAGAGCGGUGCAGGCAGCCCCCCCCACCGCCCUCCAGGUCCGAGUCCUACCCUGCCACACACUCUGCACCAACCUCCCCUCCGCAGCCCGAGGACGUCUGCUCUCCGCCCCCUAAGGAAAUAAGCUACAGCAGCCUCUCUGCACCUAAAGCCAGCGCUGGCUCAAAGAUGGCCGCCCCCUCCUCCUCCGCAUCCUCUUCUUCACCCAAAGUAUCCCAGAGGGUCCCUCAUUAUGAAAAUGUCUGUGAUAUGUCUACCAACUCUAGAGAGGAGGAACCAGCCCAGGGCCUCGAGAAAAGAACCACUCUUCCAUCUCAAACAAAGGCGAACGGUGGUGAGAGGAAGCUCGUUAAAUCGCUGCCAGAAAGCGUCCUGAAUCCCCCUUCUCAGCGAAAACAGUCGUCCUCCUCUACAUCAGAGUCCACAUCAGAUGAUGAAGAGGAUUCAGACAGUCCAGUGUGGGUUAACCAUCACAGCCUGCCCAACUCCUCCGCCCUCGGUAAAGCCCAGGGCAGAGCUAACUACUCACGAACCAGAGAGAAACAGGAGACCGACAUAAGGGAGGCCACUGUGCAGAGCUCGGAGGUCACCCAGCCGCCGCCCCCGCCUCCAGUCAGGAGGAGCGACUCCUCCUCCAUCCCCAAGAGGCCUGCAACCGGGGCAGUGAGGUCCCAGGCUGACUCCAGUCACCACGCUUUCAAAGACAGGCUGGCUGCACUGGGCAAGCUGAGGAGCUCCGAGGAUUUACAGGUCGGUCUCAGGCCGGCGGACACGGUGAAUGACGGCACCUAUGGGGAGGAAAGGAGUAAGACAGUGGAGAGGCCCAUGGAGCUUCACAAAGAGGAGCAGAGACAUUCAAAAUACACAGACUCCCUGGAUGGUAAACCCAAAGGUGGCGGUGGUGGGUUGAAGUAUCCGGGUUCAUCUCAUCUGUAUGAACAGGCCAUUAAAUCUCAGUCUUCUGGUCCAGCAGCGGUUAAACAAGAACUGUGUGUGAUGAAGACAGAAGGCUCCAAGAGCAAAAUAGGUCUGCCGUCCCCCAACACAGACACUCCGCAGGUACUACGCAACAACAUCAAGUGUCCUGGCUCCCUGAAUCUGGCCUAUAACGUUAAAACUCACAGUAGCAACAGCCCCAAUAAAAUCCCUCCAAAGUCGCCGUCCAAACCUUGUCAGGGCCCGUCCGUCCACAGAGGGGGGAAGUCCGCAGAGACCCCGCGUUACUCGUCCAAAUCGGAGGAGAGGACCAAGAUCAGCGGUAAAGGGAAAAAGAAUCCGAUGUACGGAGACAGCCUCCCACCUCCUCCCCCGAGACCUCCGACGUCCGAGGGGGAGAAGCCUUUGCAGCCGGCGCCCAGCCCACAGUCCGCCAUCGAGCAGAAGGUGAUGAAGGGCAUCGAGGAGAACAUGCUGAAGCUUCAGGAGCAGGACAGAGGAGGGCAGGGCAGCGAGGUCAAGCAGAAAGCCUCCAACGGCAUCGCAAGCUGGUUCGGCCUGAAGAAGAGCAAGCUGCCCGCGCUGAGCCGCAAGACCGACGCGACCAAAGCGAAAGACGAGAAGAAGGAGUGGAAGAUAAACAUCCCCUCGGUGGGCAGGGACUCUGUGAAAAUGGCCACCAGGUGUAAGGAAGGCGUGGAGGGUCUGAACAUCUCGACUCUGAUGGAGAAGGCCGAGGGGCUGAGGAGGGCCCUGGAGGAGGAGAGGGCGUACGUGGAGAGGUCAGGCAGGGGUCACUCCUGCGAGGUGGUGAUGGACCAAGCUCAGGGACAGCUGGCUGUCAUGUACAGGGGAGCGCGCUCUGACAACUUCAUGCAACAGCUGCUAAACAGAGUGGACGGGAAGGACGUGAUCAGCGUGCCCCAACGCCGCCUGUCGUUCGACUGUAAGACCUCCAAACCGGUGUUUACCCAGCAGAGCGACGUCAUCAGUCACACCGCCAGUCGUGACGACAUGGAGAAGGGAUCAGAUAGAAUCGGCAAGAUCACAUCAGAUGAAAACCUUGCAGAUUCAGUUCACUCUCAGCACUUCGCAGGUUCUGGUGCUUCCACGUACACCCUGGACAGCGGCAUCGGCACGUUCCCCCUGCCCGACUGCAGCAGCGGCGCAGCGGGACGGGGGCUGUCCAAAACGAGGGCCGGGGCCGAGCACCACUCCUCCGGCUCCCCGGGGAGGGCCGGGCGACGGGCACGCACCCUGGACAGAGAGCUGACGUCGCAGGAGGACUGCUACGCACCACACAAGCAGCUGAUUCCCACCAUUCAGUACGGCUCCAUGCUGGAGGGAAGAAGCUCGGCCGGCGUCAUCCGCGAAGACAAAGAGGCCCACGGAGCACACAUGUUUUCUCCUCGCUCCAAGACCUGGACCUUCCCCAACCUGAAGACCCCAUCAGGGCCUGCAGAGGUGUACCUGGCAGUGGAGGAGGAAGAGGAGGAGACGGUGUCCUUCGGCUCUCCGUUCAGAGGGAGCAUGAAGGCUAGUGGUCCCUCCUCCAGCCGGGUGGUUGACCCAGGCAGCCUGCCCGUCCCUGCCCAGUCAGGGAUGAGCCGCAGGGGAAAGACCCGCACUCCCAGCGUCCCCGAGAUGAGCCGGGAGGCCGGGCUGGAGCUGCUCAGGGAGCGGCCGGAGGAAGCCCUCUCCCCGAGCCGCCCUCAGGUCCUGGAGACCCCCGAGUCUCUCAGCGAUUCUCUGUACGACAGUCUGUCAUCUUGCGGCAGCCAAGGAUGAUCCAGCCAAGGAUGGGGGAGGACAGAGAGGACUGGAGAGACAAAAACUCACCUAGUCCACAGACAAUAAGACCCAGCACCACUCUGAACACGUCUCCUGGUUGCUGGCUGUACUGUGAUGCUGCUGACCCGCCGCCGCCUUUGGAGGAAAAGAAACUGUGCCCUUGUUGAUGUCCGCAAAGAAAAAUCUGGUGACGUCUCAUCAGCUGUUUCUCUGUUGCAACUGGAAAGAUGGAUCGAUAGACUUCUCCUCAGGAUUCCCAAUAAACAUGAAGCCAAAAGCCACCCAAGUAAUAUAGGUUGUUCACUUUUUCACAAUCAGACCUGUGGACACACUUCUCUUUAAUUCAUGUAUACAGGACUACAAGACGCAUGGCCAAACUAAUGACUAGCACAAAAUGUUGCCACUCCCGUUAGCCGUUCAGCAACUUGUCUUUUGUUUUUCUCAUCGUGGUAGACGGAUCUUUGUCGUACAUCAAAGAAGCGGUGCGGCGCUGACCAGUUCGAUAGCUGACGUACGGUAUCAAUACAUCCGUUCUGUUCUUGGCGUCAUUUCAUCACAUAAUGUAUUGAGACAAGAAAAAAACAAAAAACCUUGAGCUCCUAAAAAAAAAAAAUGAAUGUUCAUGUCUGUGAUUCUUAAUUGCUAAACUCAUGCAUCACAAUUUUAAAUGUAUAAACGAUUUUAUUGAUCAUGUUGAUAUUGUUUUGCGACCGAGGAAGGUUGUCAGAAUAUGUCUGUUUUAAAUCAUAAUACAUUUAAAGGUAAUAUAUACCAGCAAUAACAUAGAUAAGAGAAAUGGCUACACUAUUCAAUGAAUAUGUAUUUCUAUUAUUUAUUUAUUUUAAAUGUACAUCAUUUGCAGUCAUCUUUUUUUUUUUAUUUGUAAUCUUUCUGUGAAAAUUGCAGUCUCCUCGCUUUAGUAGAUUAUGUUCAUAUCUUGUAUUUCAGCAUCUCUGUUGCUGUUUGUUCCCUAGCCGAUAGAGGUCCUAUGUACCUACUGCCGUUUUUCAACUUUCUAAUUAAAAUGUUUUGAUUUA